AUGGGAGCGAAGCCGAAGCGAUCAACCAAAGCGGAGGGGAGCCACCGAGCCAGCAGCCCAGCACAGCGAAGCGCAUCCUUUCGGUUCCCCCUUCCACAACCCUCGUGAGAAGCUUCCUCCCGUACCGCCGCCGCCGCCGCCGCCGCCACAGCCGCGGAAACCCUAGCCGCCCCCUCCUCUCUCCGGCCGCCGUCUCCCCGCCGCCGCCCCCGCUAAAGCGAUCGUAUCUCGACACCGUCGGACCUCGAUGGAGGACUGGGAUUCUGAAGAUUUUCAGCCAGUCGCAUCUGUUGUGAAAGCCGAGCCACUUAAAAGUCAGUGGGCUGAUGAAGAUGUUGAAGAAGAUGAUGUAAAAGAUUCAUGGGAAGAAGAAGAAGAGGAGAAACCUAAGCCACCGCCUGUAGAAAAGGACGUGGCAAAACCUAGUGUUAAGGCUCCUGCAAAAAAAGGAAAACAGCUAGCUUCAAAGAGUGUUGAAGAACCAGAUGAGCCUCCUCUUAGUCCUACUUCAGAGAAAAUUCGCCAGCAAAGGCUCGUUGAAGAAGCUGACUUCAAGUCAACCACAGAACUUUUUGCAAAGAAGGACGGCGCUGAAAAGUCUCUAGAUACUUUUAUUCCAAAGUCCGAGAGUGACUUUGCAGAAUAUGCGGAGCUUAUCGCAAAUAAACUACGUCCCUAUGAGAAAAGCUUUCACUACAUGGGUCUACUUAAGAAUGUCAUGAGACUUUCCAUGACAUCUUUGAAAGGUGCGGAUGCUAAAGAAAUAUCUUCCUCUGUCACAGCAAUUGCUAAUGAGAAGAUCAAGGCUGAGAAAGAAGCUGCAGCGGGCAAAAAGAAACAAGGAGGCAAAAAGAAGCAGCUCCACAUUGAGAAAGCAGACGAUGACUUCAUCCCUGGUCGGGGAGGUUUUGAUGAUCCAGAUGAAUACGACUUCAUGUGAUUGGCUGGGAGGAAAGUAGGUUUCUGUCUUUUAUACCUUGGCAAGCAGAGAUUAGUAGAGUUUGCGGCAUAGCUGGAAUUCCAGAGGCUCCUGAAAACGCUUGAAUUUGGACCUUGCUUAUCUAUUUCAGGUUAAUUUUUCGAGACUAGAGAGUGAGAAAAGCGUUUGUGGUGUGUUUUUCUUAUUAUCGGGCCGUUGUGUUUUUUCUUUCUGCGAGUUCGUACCUAUUUUUGGCCAACUGUACUAUAACAUGUAUCUGGUUAUAUUGGAGUCAUGCAAGUAAUCCUGGAGGGUGCCUCGCUUGUUUUUGGAGUUAA